CUCGUUACAGAUACAAAAAUAGCGCGCAACUUCACGAUAUUUGGUCAUAUCCAAGCAACAUUUGUAGCGCUACAAAUGUCUCUACGUCUCUAGUGACCCAUAAAUUUAGACAGACAUCGAUGUUUAACGACUUUUGGCGGGCUUUUAUUGUUUACAACCUGGUAUACAUAACCUAAGCUAGGCAUUAACUAAACAAACGUUGUUUUUCAUUAAUUUAGUCGCUUUAGUUCAAAAGGUAUUUCAAGAAAAAUCUAAGGUAAUAAUGGUUCAAAAAGAAAAAGAACGAACCAACCUCCCAUGGGUUGAAAAAUACCGUCCUAGCACCCUCGAUGAACUAGUCUCGCACGAAGAUAUUAUAAAAACAGUAAGCAAGUUUAUUCGGGAGGACCAAGUGCCACAUCUCCUCUUUUAUGGUCCUCCAGGAACCGGAAAAACUAGUACCAUCUUAGCUUGUGCCAAGCAACUUUAUACACCAACCCAGUUUCAGUCUAUGGUUCUAGAACUGAAUGCCUCAGAUGACAGAGGAAUAGGGAUAGUCAGAGGACAAAUUUUAACUUUUGCUAGUACAAGAACAAUCUUUAAAAAAGGCUUUAAACUUAUAAUACUCGAUGAAGCAGAUGCCAUGACUAUGGAUGCUCAAAAUGCUUUGAGAAGAAUUAUAGAAAAAUAUACAGAGAACAUACGGUUUUGUAUUAUUUGUAAUUAUUUGAGUAAGAUCAUUCCUGCUCUACAGUCAAGAUGUACUAGAUUCAGAUUUGGGCCACUAUCCCCCAACCAAAUUAUACCAAGACUAAACUAUGUAGUUGAUGAGGAAAAAGUUAAAAUUUCUGAAGAUGGAAAAAAAGCUCUACUGACCUUAGCAAAUGGAGAUAUGAGGAAAGUGUUGAAUGUUCUUCAAAGCACAUGGCUAGCAUAUAAGAAUGUUACCGAAGACACUGUAUAUACUUGUGUAGGGCACCCUUUAAGCAGUGAUAUUGAAAAUAUUGUCAAAUGGCUGUUAAAUGAUACUGUACAGGCUACCUAUAAUAAUAUCCAAGAAUUAAAAACCUUGAAAGGUCUGGCUCUCAGUGAUAUAAUAACGGAGGUACACAAGUUAGUCCAUAGAGUGGAAUUCCCAUUUGAGACCUCUACACGACUGUUAGAUAAAAUGGCCGAAAUCGAGUACAGAUUGGCGCAGGGCGCUAAUGAAAACAUACAGUUAACUGGGUUAAUAUCCGCGUUUCAUUUUGUUAAAGAGAUUCAGCCUCCUGCUGAUUUGUAAAGCCGAAAAAUGUGAAUGAGCUUAAAAAGGUUUAAUUUUAUAAUUUUUUACUUAUCUCCUUAUGUUAUUUCUGAAUAAAAAUUGUCAAUUUAU